ACGAGGCAGGAAGUCCUGUGACCCACCUUCUUGAGUCCGACACGGAUUAGGAGGGUCGUUGAUCGAUCGGUUUGACUGUUGACUUCUGUCAUUGCCAGUUUCACUCUCUCUUCCACCCUCUCACGAGUGUGGGAUAGUUCCCCCCCGCAUUUUGCUGCCUGCAUCGCAUCUCCUGGCCUUCUUGGACCUGAAGUAGAACUUCACGUGCCCUAAACUCUACGCAAUAGUAGGCUUUCUCCAAGCUCAUUUCGCGUCUCUCCACUCACUUAUCAUUCAACGCGGCAUCGUGAAACAGAUAGUUCCUCCCCCAGUGAGUAAAGAACAGCAUGGGUCGAAAGCAUCAGCACGCGGGACAGCUUCCAGCCGAGCAGCCGGAGCAUCUACCAUACCUCCAGGUGGACUCAGCGACGUUCCGCGCUCUUGCGGAGCCUGCGACUCCUGCGACAUCUGCGACAUCUGCUUACUCUUCCAGUCAUUCCUCUGGUUACUCGUCCGCCGCCUUCGGUUACUCUUCCGCGUACUCUUUGGGUCACUCCGCCGCCAGUUCCUCCUCUCGUCGCAACACGCCGGACGAGCUGAGCCGACGAGCCGUGUCGGGACCGAUCGAGCGAUCUGCGGCGUGCAUCCCGCUCUCCUUCUCCCGCGGGGCCCGCGGAAACUUGCUCCCCAGCCCGCUGGAACCUUCCGCAUCGCUUCCCGCGUCGUUCCGCACGACGAGCGUACUUCCUGCGAAAGCGGCGACUCCCCUCGCGGCUCUUUCACGCGACACAUGCGGCGCUGCUCCCGUCGCACGUGCGACUACCGGUACUCGUUCAGCGACCCAGCGAAGCGGUUCCGCUUCGCAGCCGUUUUCUGAAGCCCAUAAGGCGCUGUACCGCCGAUCGCCAGUCGCGGUUUCGAAUCCCAUCGACACCGGUUUGGAAGCUGCGUCCCGCAGCUACAUGUCUGGCCCCAUCAACCCAUCCGCGUCGGCUUCGAUUCCGCGAUCUUUUCUCACAGCAGAUUCAACGCAGUCUGGGCCCAUAUUUCCGUUUUCCCAUUCUUCUAGUGCAACAAUCGGAUCUCGUCCGUCCGCUUUUCCUAAAACGGCAUCGUCUGGUUGGGAGCAGCCCUCGGCCCGUUCACAUGUCCGGCGGGUUCGCUUCGCUGACGAGGGGCUGCCGGGCGACGUCAGGACUGACGGAAACGGGAACGAGGCGCUCGAAACGAGGAAGCAAUUUCGUUUGAAUCACCCUUCUGCACGCACGGGCUUUUCCGGGCAGCACAUGAGUGUAAAUAUUCCCAGGAGGUGGGCAACCGCCAGCCAAUCAGCGGCCGCCUUUGCCCUGCCCCCUCCUCCACUAACUGCUGCUGGAGUUCCGUCUACUCCCCCAGCCGUAGUCACCUCUGUGUCGUCUUGACGCAGUACUAGCAUUCUUGAAUUAGCCCGCCAUGCCCCCAUAGCAGCACGCACCAUUGAUUUAUUGCCUCCUAUUUUUGCAUGGUCGUGCACGUCCUGCAGCACGCGAAACAAUAUAUGUUAAUACAUCACCCUUUUGUCA